CUUCUCCCUACAAUGUCUUCGAAAGCAAUCAGAGAAUACGACGCAAAGCUUCUAUUGGCCUAUUGGCUUCAGCGUGCACCUGCACCAAACCCAAACUUCGCCCCUUCACCAUCUUCUACUCUUAAAUUCCCCGCUCCAAGAGUAGCGCAGAUCUUAUGGGAUCCUUCAACUGAUUCCAUCACACCAGAUACCCUUCUUCCUUCUUGGGUAUCCACAACAAAGCUCGUCGCAAAACCAGAUCAGCUCAUCAAACGUAGAGGCAAAGCAGGCUUGCUAGCUCUUAACAAAGAUUGGCAAGACGCGAAGAAAUGGAUUCAAGAUAGAGCAGGGAAGCCUCAGAGAGUCGAAUCAGUCACGGGCACUCUCAGCUCUUUCAUCGUAGAACCUUUCCUCCCCCAUCCAUCAGACUCUGAGUACUACAUCUGCAUAACUUCAGCACGUCACGGUGACACUUUACUCUUCACCACUGCAGGUGGUGUCGACGUCGGCGAUGUUGACGCAAAGGCUCUCAAACUCGACAUACCCGUCCUCGGUCCUUUCCCAAGUCGCGCUGAUCUCCAGAGAAUCCUCCUCCGCGAUGUCCCAGCACACAAGAAAGAAGUCCUCACCGACUUCCUCGUCAGACUAUACUCUGUUUACGUAGAUCUCCACUACGCUUACCUCGAGAUCAACCCCUUGGUCGUCCUCGAUGACGGUACAAUUCACUACCUCGAUAUGGCUGCAAAGCUCGAUCAGACAGCCGAGAGCAUUUGCGGUCCGAAGUGGGCUGUCGCGAGAGACUUGACAGUCUACGAGGCCGCUCCGGCUGGACUUACCACUGGCUCCAAGAUAACCGCUGAUCGUGGCCCACCCAUGGUUUGGCCUGCUCCAUUCGGUAGAGAUCUCACAAAGGAAGAGGCAUACAUUCAAAAACUCGAUGCUUCAACUGGUGCUUCUCUCAAGCUCACCGUCCUCAACCCCAACGGUCGUGUUUGGACAAUGGUCGCAGGUGGCGGUGCAUCCGUCGUCUACAGUGAUGCCAUUGCUGCAGCAGGUUUCGCACAUGAACUUGCGAACUACGGUGAAUACUCUGGUGCUCCAAGCGAGGGCCAGACUUUCGAAUAUGCGAAGACAAUCCUCGACUUGCUCACGCGCCCACCUCCCCGCCCUGAUGGCAAGAUCCUCAUCAUCGGUGGUGGUAUUGCAAACUUCACCAACGUGGCUGCCACCUUCAAAGGCAUCAUCCGCGCACUCACAUCCUACAAAGCACAACUCAUCGCACACAAUGCCAAGAUUUAUGUCCGUCGUGGCGGUCCCAACUGGCAAGAAGGUCUCAAAGCCAUGCGUUUACUCGGCGAAUCCCUCGGCGUCCCCAUCCGAGUCUUCGGCCCUGACACCCACAUCACCGAAAUUGUUCCCCUUGCCCUCGGCCUCAAAUCCACAACGAGCACAACAGCACCCAUCAGCAUCCCCGCCACCGCACCUGGCUCCCCCAAGAUCUCGCCCGCAUCGCCCGAGCCCGGGGCCAGCGACGUUGGGGCUAUCCACGCAGAUGGGGAACGCACCCAGCCCAAUGAUGUCGUCGUCCGCUUCGAUUCCCUCAAAAGCAACAAAGGCUCCAGGCCCGCAUACAGGCCAUUCGACGAAGAUACACGCAGCUUUGUUUAUGGUCUUCAACCACGGGCCAUCCAGGGAAUGUUGGACUUCGAUUACAGCUGUAAACGUGCGCGUCCGAGUGUAGCGGCUAUGAUUUAUCCCUUUGGAGGACACCACAUUCAGAAAUUCUACUGGGGCACACGCGAAACGCUUCUCCCCGUAUACACCUCUCUCGAAGAAGCCGUCAAGAAGCACCCCGACGUCGAUGUCGUUGUUAACUUUGCGUCCAGCCGGAGUGUAUAUAGCAGUACGAUGGAGUGCCUGGGGUAUGAGAGCAUCAAGGCUAUUGCGUUGAUCGCCGAGGGUGUCCCAGAACGUCAGGCAAGGGAGAUUUUGUGGAAGGCGAAUGAGAAGGGCGUGUUGAUCAUCGGCCCUGCUACUGUUGGAGGGAUCAAGCCUGGUUGCUUCAGGAUCGGCAAUUCUGGAGGCAUGAUGGACAACAUCAUUGCCUCCAAGCUCUACCGCCCUGGCAGCGUCGGCUAUGUCUCCAAAUCCGGAGGAAUGUCCAAUGAGCUCAAUAACAUUCUCAGCCUCGUCACAAACGGUACCUACGAAGGUAUCGCCAUCGGUGGUGACCGCUACCCCGGCACGACCUUCAUCGACCACCUCCUCCGCUAUGAAGCCGACCCCGCAUGCAAAAUGCUCGUCCUCCUCGGUGAAGUCGGCGGUGUCGAAGAAUACCGCGUCAUCGAAGCAGUCAAGUCUGGCAAGAUCAAGAAACCCAUUGUUGCAUGGGCCAUUGGGACUUGCGCCAGCAUGUUCACUACGGAGGUGCAGUUCGGACACGCAGGCAGUAUGGCGAACAGCGAUAGCGAGACUGCGGAUGCUAAGAACAAAGCUAUGCGUGAGGCCGGAUUCAUCGUGCCCGCCACAUUUGAAGAGCUCCCCAAGGCUCUUAAGGACACCUACGAAGCGCUCGUCGCGCAGGGUGCUAUCGUCCUCGCCAGAGAAGUCGAGCCCCCUGUUAUUCCGAUGGAUUAUAAAUGGGCCCAAGAGUUGGGGCUUAUCAGGAAGCCGGCUGCGUUUAUCAGUACGAUUUCCGAUGAGCGUGGACAGGAGCUGCUUUAUGCUGGCAUGCGUAUCUCGGAUGUUUUCAGAGAAGAUAUCGGCCUUGGAGGAGUUGUCUCUCUCCUGUGGUUCAAGCGCCGUCUUCCCCCUUGGGCGACCAAGUUCAUUGAGAUGGUGCUGAUGCUUACGGCAGAUCACGGUCCAGCUGUCAGUGGUGCUAUGAAUACCAUCGUCGCCACCCGUGCGGGCAAGGACCUGAUUUCGAGUUUGGCGAGUGGUUUGUUGACCAUUGGUAGUCGGUUCGGUGGAGCACUGGAUGAAGCUGCUAGCAUGUUCAGUGGGGCUAGAGAUACGGGGUUGACGCCUCGGGAGUUUGUGGAUAAUUCCAGGAAGGCGAAUAAGCUCAUCUCUGGUAUUGGUCACAAGAUCAAAUCGGUGAACAACCCCGAUCUCCGUGUCGAGCUCGUCAAGGAAUACGUGAGGAAGAACUUCCCAAGCCACUCACUUCUUGAUUACGCGCUUGCCGUUGAGAAAGUAACCACGAGCAAGAAAGAUACCCUUAUCCUUAACGUUGACGGCUGUAUUGCCGUUUGCUUCGUCGACCUCCUGCGCGACAGUGGUGCCUUCACCCCUGAAGAAGCCGAUGAAUAUAUUAAGAUCGGGACCCUCAACGGUCUCUUCGUCCUUGGCCGCAGCAUCGGUUUCAUUGGACACCACCUCGACCAGAAGAGACUCCGUGCGCCGCUGUACAGACACCCUGCUGAUGAUAUCUUCAUCAACAUUGCGGAUUUGAAUCAGCCGAGGGUGUUGGGGAAAAUGCAGUGAGCGGCGCGUGUAUCAAUGUGAAGCUGAAUCAUUCCGCCGUUGUAAACUGAAAACUAUUAGACGUGCAUAAUACAAACUGAACCUCAUAGCAUAUCGUGGAUCCUUUUCUUCCGCUGUUUCUGUACUCAUGGCUUAGGAGAUUGUCUAGAACGCAUUUUCAUACUGUUUGCAAUGGAUAGAUUUUUCGUG